CUUUGAAUUAUCAACUAUUACAUCGGUCGUACGUUGGUAUUACUGAGGGGGUCGCAGACAGCUUGAACAGGCGAAGAUCAACAACAUUUUGACUGACAUUGUUCGAAAUUUAGACAAAAUGGACAAACUCAAGUGCCCCUUGGGCCUCACAGCAUUAUAUCUGAAGUACAGCUCAGAAAGUUCAGGACAACACAUGAUCUUUGUGAAACAACAUGCCGUAAGGGAAAGGCAUCCAGACAAACCAUCUGACCGUACUCUUUUCAUGCUGAACAUCCCUCCUUAUUGCACUGAGGAGUCAUUGAAGUUUGCCUGGCGAGAGUGCGGAGCUGUGAAGGCAGUUUUCUUUCAUUCAAAGCCAUCUGCUAGUGUUCCCCUGGUUGAUGAAUCUCCAUUCUUUCCUACACAUGAAGUGGUUAAGGGAUUUAAAGUGGCUUAUGUAGUCUUUGAAAAGCCUGAAGGUCUAAUGCGAGCAUUGAACUGGAAUCAGGACCAACCUUUAAUAUUGUCUUCUUCAGAGUCACCUCUUUUGUGUGGCACAAGCAAAUGGUGCACUGAAUAUAAUGCACGCAUUCCUGAUGUGAAUGCAAUGAAGGAGGAUGUGGACAGUUAUAUGGCAGCGUAUGACAAGAAAGUGCAAAAAGAAAUAGAAAAGGAGAAGGCAGAAGGAGAGGAGGAUGAGGAUGGCUGGAUAACUGUCUCUAAACGGGGACGUAAUCCAGGUUUUGCUAGAACUGAAAACAAAACCAAAAAGAUCCUUGCAAAUGAGGACAAGAAGCGGUCCAAAAAAGAAUUAUUAAAUAUUUAUUCCUUCCAAAUCAGAGAAGCUAAAAUGAAGAAUUUAAUGACUUUACGUCAAAAGUUUGAGGAAGACAAGAAAAAGAUUCAGAUGCUGAAAACAGCAAGAAAAUUCAAACCAUUCUAACUUGACUGUCACAUUCUUUUUUUUUAUUAUUAAAUUAUAUUUAACAGUA